GCGUGGAACUGAUUUAGAUUUCUCUUGCUGUUGGAAAUUUUUUAAAUUUCCGUGUGUUAGUAGGAGUGCGACUCGUGAAGUUUGUCGUUUGAUCGAAGCAAGCUGUUUUUAAGUUUGGGUUUGAGGUUAGUGACUUUCAGUCAGAAUGAGUGACAAAGUAGCUUCUGAAAAGCUUGAGGCCGAUGAACAAAACCCAGUCGAUAACGUUACAGGGGAAGAGUCCGCUAUUCGCCCAGUAAAGAAAGCAAAGAAGAAAGGUAAAGGAAAGAAACGUAGAGAAUCAGUCGAGUCCAGAGGCGAAGACGACGAAGGAGAAAUUUCACUUAAAAGGAAAGGAAGGAAAAAAGUACUUUCUAAAGAGAAUGUAUCGUCUGAUGUGCAACAAAAAGUCGAAGCUGAAGGCGACGAUAAAAAGUUGGAAGCUUCGGUCACCGUAGAUGAAGGACUGAAGGAAACAGUGAUCGAGAUACAAGCAGGCGAGAAUCAGCCUGAUGAACUUGAAGAAGUCGUAGUCAAGAAGGAAUCGGCUUUUAUCGAAGGAGACAACAAAGCUCAAGAAGCUGGGGAUUCAGCUGAGGCCAGCGGGGAAGAAAAGAACGAUGAAAAGAAAGACAGCGAAGAAGAGUCGAAAGAUGUCGAGAGCCCGACUGUACGUAGGAGAGCGACGUUGUCUGAUUUACGAAGUGAAAGCAUUGACAAACAGGACGGAGAGAAAGCUGGAACUAUAGAAGCGGCUUCUGAGGUACGAUUUUACUUCCAGCAACUGUAUUUUGAAGAAUCAUAGGUUGAUGAAUGUAACUUAAAAAUUUAAUUCAAGUCUGACUGAGACUGGUCUGUCAAACUGUUAGUCCAGGAAUUCUUGAUUUCACUUUCGUGAAGUCCAUUCCGGAUUGGAAGGAGCAACUGCAGAAUACCCUGCCACCUCGGUCUAACUCAUGUAAAUGUGUCGAGCGGCUUUGAAGAUCGCGGCAUGACACGAUAAACGUUAUUCUUAUUCAAUGACAUGUGAAUGAGUGGCAGGGUAUUCCGCAGCUUAGCUCUCACUUUCAUUUCCAGGUUACAUGAAGUACCUUGAGGACAUUUCUUGAAUGUAUUUCUUUUAAGUGAUAUUUCACUCUUGUCAUUUAUUAAUGUAAGCUGAUUGGUUCACUUUGUUGGUAUUUGUGUUCACUAAGUUAUAAAAUUAUGGUAUUGAGUACCCUUUAAGGCAAAUGCAGAGGAAUUUAUCGUGGUGAUACACAAGAUAUCCAUAGUUUUUUUUUUUAAACUAUAUAAGUAUGUUGGUUGCGUGAGUUUUAGCCUAGGCCAGUUUUCCUGGUACAUUUUGACAUUAAGAAAAAUUUCAACUAAACUUAAGAUUUCCAGAGUCAGGUCACAGUUUUCAUUUACUCAAUGAAGCUGUGACACCUUUACGACUUAAUGAUUUGAACUCUAAGAUGGAAUUUGCACAUGAGCCUGGAAAUGAAAACUGCACACCCUUUUACUGUAAGAAUGUGUUACCAGGAAGGUCAAUACAAGUACAUGCAUGGGAACAUAUUGUAAGGCUAAAUUGAAACUGGCCUGCAGCUGUGUCAAAACUCACCUCAACCCCUUAGCCAUAAACUUCCACCUAUGGUUUGCUUCUGAUGAUGCCAGCUGUAAAGUGUUGGGGGCAAGGAUAGGAGGUGUUCUGUAACAAGUCACUGUACACUUCUGCAUUAUCUUCCAGGAUCUCAAACCUGUCAAAGAAGAGGAGAGCAUAGAAGUGAAGAUAGAAGUGGAACCUGAUGACAAGCAGAACAAUAAAGAUGAAAAAGGAAAAGAAACAGAGGAAGAUCCAAAUACAGUGAAAAAAUUGGAGGAAAAACCAGUAGAGGCUGCUGCAGAGACAGCUGAUAGUGUAGAGCAUGUUGCUGUGCCUAUUGAGGGAAAUACUGAGGAAGAAAAGAAGGAGGUAAAAUUUGAGAAUGUAGAGGGUGGGGAUGGUGAGGUCAGAACAGACCAUGCUAAGGAAGAGGAAGCAGAAGCAAGACAAGAACAGACUAUGCCACUGAUCAGUGAGACUGUGGUCACCAAUGAAACAGAGACAAGUGAAGAUUACUCAAAGUAUCAGCUUGACGAUGAGUUGCCUUGGGCCAUUUAUCGUUCAAUGGAUACUCCUCCGCAGAAAAAUCCCAUAGAGGAAGAUGAUGAUUGGCCAGCAUCUGAGGAUGAUGAAGAUUAUGGUAAUAUGUUGUUUCACUUAAGUGUGGUCAGCAAGCUAAUGGAAAAAUUUGCAUCAUAAACAAUAUUAUCAUAUCAUUUUUAGGGCUUCCUCUAUUCCAAGAAAUUAAUGAUUUGACCUUACAAGCUUCUUUCUCCAGAUUCUUUUAUUUUAAUGAAAAUGUUCUAUCUUAAGUGGUAAUAGCUGUUUCACAUGCGAAACCCUUUUCUCCAAGGACUUGAGUCUUUUAUCAUACUCUGUAUUGUGCCAAAAUGGUUCUUUUUCUGAGUUGCUGAUUUCACACUGAGACAAAAGUGAUUGUGAUCACAAUUAAUGAAAAACAAUUGAAUUCUAAACUAGGUUGAAUUAUUUCUUUGCUGGUGUAGUUGUUGUUUAGGAAUGUGGCAUCAGAAUAUCAGUCUUGAAAUCAGCAAUUUUCAGUUUAGUGUAGAAAUAUUUUAAUUAUUUUUUUUAUUGCAUAAUUUUUCAUGAUCCAAAUCUCUUCCAUUAUAGCACCACCCAAGAAUGAGGAUCUCUAUGACCUAGACAUGUUGAUGGGAACAUUAGAUGGAGGAGAAUCUGAACUGGAGACAACCGCAUCACCUCCACCACUCAUACUUCCUGAGGAGAAGCAUGCCAAGCAGCGACGCAUUGAUGAGCUCAAGCAAGGGCUUGCUAAUGAGCCAAUUGAACUUUAUGAUGAAGAGUUUGAGAAGAGAAUGGAAGAUGAAGUACUAAUGAUUGGAAACAUUUCACUAGAGAUGGUUCAGGUAUAACAUAAAAAGGUUAAAUUUUUAUUGUAGAAAUUUUCUACUAGUUCAAUUCUUACAUUUGCUUUGUUUCAUGAUAAUGAUCAAAUGAUAAGGAAUAGCAUGCAAAUCACAAUUGCUUACAGUAUACCAGUAGCUUCCCAAUUUAUACAGUGAGUGUUUUGAGCUUUUUGUGUUACCUUAUACAAUUAUAUUGCAUGGCAAUACUUCCUCCUUCCUUCCUUAGUGGAGGCACUGUGACCUCAUGCUUAGUGUGUUUGACUCCAGAUUGAGUGGUCCCAGUUCGAGCCCUGGCCAGGGUGUACAAAUGGGUACAAGCAAAUAUGCUGGGGGUAACCCUGCGAUGGACUAGCAUCCCAUCCAGGGGGGAGUAGCAAUACUCCUAGCUGCUUCAUGUUAAGGAAACCGGAGUUAAGCGCUGGCCCCAUGGGCUACUUGGGCCUGUAUAAAGGCUUUACUUCUUAUACAAGUAUAUUGCACAUGGCAAUACUUCCUCAAGGAAAAAAAAAUUUUUCAAAUUACUUUGAAAUUUUUUUAUAACAUCUGCAAUCAAGCUAGGAGACCAGUUGGGAAAUGUGCACAUUUACAAAGAAGCUUUUUAUUUACUUGUAGGAAGAGGAGCGUCGACUUAGAGAUGAGCACAUUGCUUAUCAACAACAGCAAGCCAAGACACAGCGUGAGAGACAGGAGGAUAUUCUGGAAAGAGAAGCUAAAGCCAGGAAGGAAGUCAUGAGGGUUGUUAGAGAGAAACGCAAGCGGCUGCAACAGAGAGAGGUACAAAUAGACAAAUAGUUCACUGUUUGACUGUGAGAUACUUGUAACAGAUUAAGAAAGAGGGUAAAUAUGGAGUUUGGUUGUCUAGUAAAGAAAGAUAUCUAAUAAUUCUCAUAAGCAAAGGACUAAGAGAAAAUCUGAACCUCAGGGAGAUCUUUCUAUUUGAGAACGAAGAGGCUCUGUGAGCUGAGCUAUAGAGAUAAUAUGGUUUGGUGUGUGAGUAACAUGGUUCAUAUGUGACAAGCACUCUGAUUAUACACUGGUGAUAAGUCUUUUACAGUCUGUUUCUCCUCAUUCUUCUUCUUCUCUAUAUAAUAAUCAUUAAGAUUAUAACCAGUGUGUCUGUCACUGCCAUCAUCAUCCAUAUAUUAUUACAUUCUGUUUGAUACCAUCUAGCAACCAAAAGGGUUUCUUUAGAUGGCUUAGGAUUUGUCACAAUAUUUAAUUAGAACUAGACAGCCAGAUCCCAUUGAACAGUAAUGCUAUUAGACUGAAUUAGCAAAUUUACACUUUGGCACAUAAGGCUACCUUUUAAAACUUCCUAAUUCGAAGCUACAAUUUGUUCCUGGUAAUUUUUCAGGAUCUUUUGAUGCAGCAAGAUCGACUGAUACAGAACAGGAUACACAGGGCAUUCCGCCAAGCUGAGGAACAAUUACUUAAGGCCCUGACAGCAAGGAAAGGAGAAGUUAAGGUGAGCUUGCUCUGUUGAUUUGAUUAUGAGCAAGAGGCAAAGAGAAUUUGUAAAGGAUGGCUUAGGAUAGAGAAGAUCAACAUGUAUGGCAAUGAAUCCUUAAGAGGUACAUAAUAUGCUGUAGCUUCUUUUUGUGAUAAUUAUAAUGACAUUUUACAAAUGGAUACUCACUCUUCCCUUACUGUGUUUGAUUUGCAUCAAUUUUCCUAUUCCAGGCCAUGUAUGGAGAUUUGAUGUUAGCUGAUGGCCAGUAUGGAGGCAGCAAAGGUAGGCGCUGGAAAGUUGAUUGGAACAGAACCCCACAGCCAAUACAGAUUAAACUGAAGUGUCUACGAGGAGUCAAAGACAAGUUACCAGGUAAAACCACAAAAAGAGCUAUGAAUAAGAACUUGCAGAGUAAAUUUUGAUGUACUCAUAAUCAGUUAACUAAUUUUAGAAAAGCAGUUAAUUUUGUGAGGAUUUCUGUGUGUGUAAUGGGCAGAUUAUCUCAACUUGAUCUCAGCACAAGGAAUUUGUUAAAGGAUGUUCUGAAUUUUAUGAUGUAGGUGGUAGUUUGCUUUGAAGUUUUAUGUUGCCCAUGUCUCAUGAGUCUCUGAUCCUUCACAGCCCAAAACACUCUAUUUUCAAGUUAUAAACAAACAUGGCACAUUAUAUGGUUUUCAUUUCUUCCUUCCUUUAGCUGGUCGCUAUGUCCUCAUGGUGUCUUUGUAUGAUCGCCUGGGGGGCCAUGUACUUAAGUGGUCAAAUCUGAAAGGUCAGCAGUGGGGAGGGGCAACAUUACCUCUGCAGCAUGAUGGAGAAUUCUUUAACAUUGAAAUUAAGGUUGGUUUGACAAAACAUACAGUGUACAUCUCUUGAUGAACACAUGAAUAACUCUUUAAGUAAUGGUCCGCACAAGAAGUAGGCAUAAAAUAAUAGGUGAAAUCCAAAAACAGCCAUUAAACAUCCUUUUAUCAAAUCAAAAUCCACAUUGGCUGUUUACAGCUUUAGCAUGAAAUUUGAAUUUCAUGUAUGUGAAAAAUUGUGGGAAAUGCAUUUUUGAUGGUCUUGAUGAUAUCUAUAUGUUAACAAUGUUAGAAACUACCUGACAGUGAAAGGGGAGAAUCUUACAAAAUGGGAAAGACUCUUUUUUUAACAAUGAUGUUAUUAAUUAUUGAAGUACACCUUGCAGUGAGUCGCUCUCAUUAUUUUUUGGCACGCAUCUAUUGAUAUUGGCAAAAUCCAACAGGAACCAUCUCCAAAGCCAAAAAAAGAUUUAUCCACCUAGUCCUAGUGAAAACUCAAAACAAACAGAACCUUGAUAUCGCACUUUUGUGAACAAGAUGAAAACUGCAGAGAAAGAGUUACAGUCUAAUAUGGUAGCAGAAGGGUGAGAUAUCAUUCCCACAAUUAGAGCCAAUUCCCCAUAUUCCAUGGUUACAACGCUCAGCAUCUACAAUGUUGAUGACACUAAUACCAAAAUUUGCACUAAAAAUAAUAAAAAUAAAUCAAUUUAUCCAAUAUUUUUUGGGUGCAGGUAUCUUAAGCUAGUAUGCCUUUAAAAGCUUAACAAAGAGAAGUGUAAUUUUUUUAAUUCAGAUUUAUAUUGAUGUUCUGUUAAGAUCAGGGAAAUAUAAAUGAAGGAGAUCUUUGAAGUUGUAAUACUAGCAUUUAAGAAGUAGACAAAUGGUUGAAAUUUUGUCAUACUGUCUCGUAAAAUGGGCCUUAACUGCUUAACAGAUUGUCUACCACUGAACAUAUCAAGAGUUACUGACUGCAUGAGUGAAAAUGUUGUAAUCAAAUUUGGUUGAUAUUGUGUGAUGUUAUAUAUUGUAAUAAUACAUGUAUUAAUUCAUUAUAUGAGGAACACUUUUACAUAUGAAGUCACUUCUUUAUUAUGUUGAAAGUUAAAGUUUCAGAUGUGAUAACAAUAUUGUAUGGAAGUUGAAAUGCAGUAGCUUAAUUAGUAUAGGUAACACCAUGAUUUCAGGUGCAAUUUGGUGUUAAUAAGCACAGGUGAAUUUUUCAAAGACAACAAAAUUGCACAAGCUUGUAGGGUGAGUGCAUUAAAUCUUGAAGUUACAUGUCAAUGAUUUACAUGAAAAACUCAUCACAGAAAGUCAACAUUUUAGCAUUGUGUGCUAUUUGUAAUUUGCACUGGUAUUGCAACUUUGUACUCAUAUUACAACUUUGCAUUUGUGUUACAUGAAAGAUGCACUUGUUUCAGCCAAUCAGAUGCACAUAAUUUUUUCAUGUAUAUUAUACACACUGAUACUUUGCUCCCUUAUGUACUCCUUUGUAGAUGAAAGCAUCACUCAUAUUAUUACAUCAUACUCCUUUUGCAGAUUGAUCAGAGUGUGUUCACUGUGUGUCCCUCCAGACCUGAUGUGCGUCCAGGCAUGAUUCUGGUGUUUGAGCUUUUUAUUCUUAGGGGAAGUGUCACAGCCACAGAUAGGGUGGUAGGAUGGGGAUGUUUCCCCAUUUCUGAUGGAGAGUUUAACAUCAUUGAUGGAAAGUAAGUUCAAAGUUAAUUCCAGUUGAUAAGUCUGUGCUGCACUUUCAAAUCACUCAGCCAGCUGGCAGUUGUGUAAUGCAGCACUCAAAUUUCAAGCAGUGCAGUGGAUCAAUUUUGGCAAGGCAAGCUUCAACUUUCCAUACAAAAGUGUAUACAAAAACAUAAGAAACAACAGGCAUUACGCAAAUAUUUAGAGAAAAAUUGAGAAUUUAGUGGAAAUCUGUGAAAGGACGUCGCAAAGUUUAUUUACCCAUUACUAUGGAUAUCUUGUUGAUCUACCAUUUUAUUUUUAGCUGUAGUAGAAAAGUUAAAUACAUCUUUUAACACAGUUUUAAGUUGAAAGUUGCUAAUGUAAUUCAGUGUUAAAGCAAAGUGAAAUGCUGGACAGAAUUUAUUCAGACCGAAAACUUUCUACAGCAACUCAUCAAAAGGAUGAACCUGCACAUAGUAGUUUCCUCCUUAUUAUCUAAGAAGCUAAUAGGGUCAAAUUUAAAUCCAUCCAUUUCAUUUCACACACUUUUAGGUACAAGGCUCCAUUUCUUCGUGGUGACAUGGAUCCCACAAUUGAUAAACAUGAGACGAUUGAAGAGUUGAUGGCUGAUGAUCUUGAAAACUGGCUGUGUAACCUGUAUUUUGAAAUUGUCAAGCUACCUCGGUAAGACACAUAGUUCGUUUGCCAUCCAUUUGGUUUAUUACUUCUGAGCUUGUUUUGAUUUUCAUGGCAUCGAGAGAGGAGGAGUAUUGUUACUCUUUCUGGGGACAGGAUUGUAGUCCAUCAAAGGAAACCUCUAAGCAGCCUGCAAGGGGCUUUUGCAGGUGAUGUGGCAGUGCCUGGGAGAGCAUGCUGACAGACCAUUUCCACCCUCCACCCUCCACCCCCCCCCUUCAACAGCAAUUCAUCAAAUUUCCCUAAAAAUUUUCUCACAUCAUUAAUUUUAUUAGGUAUAGAGAGGGCUUCCUUAAGGAUGAUAAAUCUAAAGUUGAGAUUAACGCUGGUGUGACGUUUGACCAUAUUUACAGACUUACUCUAAAAGUUGGAUAUGUAAUUAAAUAAUGAUUUAAUUAAUAUGCAUCUUGUUAUUAUUAGAUAUAUGGCUGGACAGAAGGAAUAUGAAGUUGAACUACAAUUUACAUCAGGAAUUCUAAGCUAUCCAUCACGCACGAAUAUUGAUGAAGAGAACAUUGAUGGAGAAGAGCCCAUUUACGGUUCUCGAAUGGAUCUCAAGUCAUCGCCAUCCAGCACUCGACGUGGCAGCAGAAUCAGCAUGAUGGGGUAAUUAUUCAAUCCCCUCACCUUAAAAGGGGCUCUGUUGAACCAAAACCAUGUCCAAGGGAAAGAUUUGCCUUUAAUUAUUGCAAAAGAGCUGGAAAGAGUAUAGUAAUUACAAAAUACAUGUAUCUCUUUAAACUUGUGAAGUGUUUUGUUUUGACAACACAAAUGCAACAUGUGCUUGUAUGUGGUUUUCUGUUGACAUCUGUUGACAUUCAUUGGGCAUGGAGUUUAAGCCUGUCCUUCAGUUGCUCUUGAAAAUUUGCCCUUUAGUGCUACUUUUUGUAAUACUUAAGCUAUUACCCUCUAGAUGAUGGAGCCCUUCAUCUUACAACUUGUUUAUACAGCACUUCACAAUGUUUAUGACAAACUGCCUGUAUUAUUUCUAGGUCAAGUUUUUUUGGGAGCACUGUAGCUAUUGAUGCAGCUGUGGAGGAAAAAGAAGGCAUGGGUUCUACCCAGAAAUUGCAGGUGGAAGUCCCGGAUGUUAGAAGAACUGUGAGUGCUUGAACUAUGUUCCUUAUCCUGCACACAACUGCGUCAAAAAUAUGCAGUAUUGCCUUAAAGAAAUUGUGGAAUUCAAUAUCUCGAUCACUCCUUUGUUUUUAUUUUCGCGAUUGUUAAUUGAUGUUAGACAAUUAUCAGCUUUAUUCAUCCUUUUUCGACCAUUGUUUUCAUGUUCUUGGAGUAAUGUUUUACUGUAAAAUCAAAUCAUGUUUCAUGAGUGUCGUAUGAGCUAUUAAUAGUUGAAACAUGUCGAGUCUCCUACUGUACAUGUUUUUGUUAUGAACUGUUGUCUGAAGAACAUUUUAGCCAUAUGGUGAUCCUAUUUAAAAUUACUGGUGGAGUGACACACUAAAAUGGGUUGAAAUAGGAAAAACGUGAAUAACAGUUUUUUUUUACUCGAUAGCACAAUGGCAAGCUUAAUAAGAUUUUUUAUUGACUUGUCAAACAGUUGGCGACAAAACUGUAUUUCUUCAAGUUGUUUUGAAAUAGAGCUUUCAAACAAUAGCACCAUCGUCCUUUCGACCAAACGAACUUGUCAAAUUGUAAGUGAGGCAAGCAGAUUUACAAAACGCCUAAGAAGUCGUAGUCAAAUUUUCAGAUACCCUUUAAGGAGAAGUGAAAGUCUGAUCAGUGGUGUGUUUUUUGUUAUCAGUCUCUCGCAGUGCCCGAACCGAUAUUACGUCAGCGCCGUAGUUCAGCCGUGUCACAGAGACGGACGUCUCGUCCCGUAACCAUGCAUAUGUCCCGCAAAGCGGUGGAGAUCGACGCCUCAAGCGACGGCAGUGGGACGGACUAUUCUGAUGAUGAAGUUCUUAUGCUGAAAAAAGAUGAUGGAUUUAGACCGGUGAAGGGCCAACCAGGCAUGUAUUACAAGGUACGGUAAGAGUAGUAUCUAGAGAGUUUAUUAAUUUUCGUAUUCAUUUAAUUAUUUAGUAAUAAUAAUAAUAAUAAUAAUAAUAAUAAUAAUGAUAGUAAUGAUAAUAAUAAUGACAAUAAUGAUAAUAGCAGUAAUAACGUUAAAAAAAUGCCACUAAGGAGGCUUUUCAGAGCCAAUGCAAAGAAAUUUUAAUUAAACAUAGAGUUUAAAAAUCCCAUAUACAAAGUGCAGUCAACGAGUUGAACUUGAGGCAACCGAUGUAUGAUGUUGUGGAGUCUAGUGCUGGACUGCAGGAAGCUAAUACAAUGCUGAGAAAUAACCAAACAUCACAAAGUUGUCCGAAUGUCAUUACCGAGUGCAAAUUAGUAUUAGAAAAGUUAUUUUGGAAUUAGCGUAUUCUUGUGGAAUGUAGCCAUGAUGACAAAAAUAACGAUGCGACCGGGAAACGUAAAGUUUGCUCGCGAUAUCUUACUUUAUUUUAUCAUGUAAUAGCUCGUCUUUUCAGCUCUGAAAAUAGUCGUGCAAAAGUAAAUCUAAAUGUCCGGCGAUAGAAAAUGGAGAAAACCUUUCUAAGUCGCAAAUGUGUAUAUUCCAGAAACAUUUGAACAAUCCAGUCGACGUCCACGCCAAAAAGAUGUUUACUAUGCUUCCAAAGACGCCUCUGAUGACACGAAAGAAAAAGAAGAAAAAGCUGACUCAUUUAGAAGAACUCGAAGAACACACAUUCACUGUACAGUGAGUAUAACGUUAUUCUGUUUAGCUGCCUUCAUCUACACAGUCUUGCAUACCUUUAGCUGUCACCGCUGGGAAAAACCAGAAGUUGAAUGUGUUUACUUACAGUGCUGUUUGCUUUUUUUUUAAUUUUCCAAUUGUCCUUCUCACCCAAGGCCACCUUGGUCCAAUAAAGGGCGCAUUCCCCACUACGGUCGAGAAAAGAUGCAAUAUGUGGGCCGUCAAUUGAUGGCUGAGCUGGGCCUCUCUCAAUGGCGUUCCCGUGAGUUUUGGGCCAUGUUACUCCUCAUUGCCUUCACCUGGUGGGUUCGUUUGUACGCUCAUUAUGGCGCCCAGUGGGUUUUCCUUCAAGCGUUAUUUAUUCCAGUUAACAAGUAAGUAAAAGCGGUCGUUGUCAAUGAUAUAACAAGGAGGUAACGGUAAUGAUAGUUAGAAAGCAAACUGUUUAUAUCCUCUGGUUGGAAAGUCAUCAAAGUUUUGGUGUGCUAUUUUGACUCUUGAGCGCUUUCUUAGAUAGAAUCUCUUAUGCUUUCUUUGACUCUCAUGUGCUCGAUUUGAUUCGUGCGCUUUCGCCGUCUGAUAUUUUAUUUCGGCGAAUCUCGUUUGCGCUCGUUAAUUUGAUUGUUUUCGCUCACUCGGUGACUUAAGUAUUCCUUUGUCUACUUGUUACUUGAAGAAUCGCCGAGACUUUUAGAUUUUGCGGAAUUUAUACGAGGAACCAUAAUUCUUGUUUAAGAUUCGGGUAAAAAUGGCAACUGUGCCGACAAAUUUGAUAUGUGUGGGAGCUUACUAGACAUGUACGAAUAAAGCAGUUUGUUAAGCCGCCUUCCAUUUUAGCCAGUUUUUGCAUACUUUUAGAAUAUUCAAAUGAUUAUUUCACAGUAAUAACUGUUGGGGCUCUUUACCUCCUCUUUGCCUUCAGUUGUUGUGUUCAGGAUAUUCUGGAUAUUCUACACAUGACGUAAAGAUUGUUGACAUCAUGAUGUCGAGGGGCCUCUUAUCGUGUUAGUUAGUUGAGUAUUGUUUGCGUUUGUGCCAGUUUAUGAUACAAUUUUUUUUAAUUAUGACGGUUUUAUUCCCUUUUCACUUAUUUGUGAACUCCAGGUACGAAUUUCUCGCCUACACAGUGAACCUGAACUAUCAAAACACACUGCUGAACACAGUGGAAGAGAUCAGUAUAGUGGUGAUUGGACCGUUUUUCAACAUUAUAUUGUUCUGUUUAUUAAUCCUCUUCUGCUGGGGAAUACAGAGACUGUUUGGAACUUUUCCUAACAUCUUCUCACGGUUUAUCAUGGCAUUUGGAAUUAAUGCACUGCUUGAUCCCAUCUGGAUUCUGAUCGUGGAUUCUGCGCUCAUGAGGUAUAAACUAAUAGUUAUGACUAUUUUUUAGAACCCUUCGAUACAACGGUUUAUUACUAUUGAAAGAAAAAGAGGACUGGAUUACUUCUAUAAAUGACCAACCUGACGACAGUAUAUAACUCGGUGAACUAACAAAAGGUUACGAGGGAAACCUUGGAGCACUUCGAGAAGAAGAAGGAUAUCGGCUAUGAGCUAAUUACAGACGCACUCUCUUCACUGGGGUUGUUAAGAAGUUGUUUUUAGGAUUCUAAAGGGAUACUUUUCGGGUAACAUGACAAGACUGCUGUAGAGGAGGAAGAGUGAGAAGUGUUAGACGAACAUACCUUUGUUAAAUAUUUCUAACCCAUUCUUAUUUCGAAUUUCACUUUAUUUAGAUUUUUAAACGUGGGAGGUGAUGUUCCAAUAGGAGACGCGUUCAAACUCUACUGGCAUUUCUUCCGCUUUGACGGCAAUGGCACCGUAGGUAUCGUUCUGACAAUAUUCCUGUACGUUGUUACGCUGUUCACUGCUUCUUGUGUAGUGUAUAUGUACUUCUUGAGGCUUCACAACAAUGGCCGCCUCAUGGAUGUCUAUCACCGUCUUCACGCGCGUGAAGACGAGUUCUUUAUUCCUUACGACCUGGAAAUCUCUAAUGUGGAGUUGAACUAUGUCUGCAAGAAGUCAGAACAAUGGCGAGGAGAAGAAGGAGAAAGGAGAAAAACCGCUGUUUAUGAUUAUAUCUGGGAAGAAGAGAAGGUAUGCGUUUGCACUCUCAACGAAGUUCCUUUGAAAAGAGCGCUGAAGAAACACGCAAGUUGUCUCGCUCGUGUUAGGAAGGCAUAACUGCUUUGUCUUACUUGUGAAAGAGACCCAAAGCCCGCUUGUUUCUUUUUCCUUUACCUUUCAGAAAUCGUUGUUUUCGCCAGUUUGAUCGCUUGAAUAUAAGACACGGGAGCUUCGUCACCUAACCAAACACUUUAACCGGAACUUAAGAGCUUUAACUGGUCUAUGUGUUAAAAGUUUGACAGAGGUUAAAUUAUACUAAAUUGAGUGUGAUUGUUUUGGGGUUUGUUUCUAGGAAUUUUAAGAAUGAUUGCAUACAUCAGAAAAUUUUGCUGAAUUUGUAAUCAUCUAGUCUGAGUGACUUUCUUUAUAUUUAGAUUGAUGAGUCGGAUAUGGGGGCUUCGGACAAAAAAAAGACUGGGCACCGUGAAAUCACAUCUCACGUGUCUAUCCACACCAUACACUUGGAUGGGUUACGAGAGUUAUACAGACACUUCCUAAGGCUGCCUGAUGGAGCUAUUGUAGAGGUAUGUUCAUUUCUACACAUAUUUCUUAUUUCUUUUUAAAAUAUCAUGGUAAAAUAUCAUGGAUUGACAGUUAUUCUAAGUUAACUUUUGAGCGAAGUCCUCGCUAGAACCUAGUAACUAACUGACUGACCGACUAACUGUCAGACCUAAGGCUGACUGACUCAUUGGCUGACUGGCUGACUUGCUGACUGUCAAAUUUCCAGUUGACCCACUCAUUGGGUGGCUGGCUUGCUGACUGUUUCACUGACUGACUGACUGACUGACCGCAUGCUUGUCAGACCUACGGCAGACCAACUCAUUGUCUGGCUGGCUGACUGACUGCCUGUCAGACCUAUACUAACUGUCUCACUGGUGGCUGACUGACUGUCAGACCCACGGCUGACUGUCAGACCCACGGCUGACUUACUGACUGACUGGCUGGCUGGCUGACUUACUGUUUCACUGACUGACUGACUGCCUGUCAGACCUACGGCUGACCGACUGGCUGACUGACUAACUGUCUCACUGACUGACUGACUGCCUGUCAGACCUACGGCUGACUGACUGACUGACUGCCUGUCAGACCUACGGCUGACUGACUGACUGGCUAGCUGAUUGGCGUUUUGUACGACUGACUGACUGACUGUAUGAAUGAGUGACUAUCUGUCUGAAUUACUAAUUGAAUGAAUUAUCGACUACUUGUGUAACAGGAAUGCUUUCGGGCAUUCAAUCAGAAAAAAACCUGAAAGUAAACAAUUGUUGACAUCUUCGAGCUCAAGAAAACGCGAAUGAUCAAAUCUUGAUUGGUUUUAGUUUUGCGUUUGAUUGGUUGAUGGGGUUGUGCGAGAUUUUAAGAGAAAUAUCAGAGUUCAGUGAAACACGUCGUUGCAAUCCCAAAUAGCCUUUGCUUAUCAAAACUGCGCUACUUGUUUCAUCGUCCUCUUCCUUCCUCUUUCAGGUGUUUGGCGAAAUGGGCGUGGUCGGUAUGGACGAGAGCAUUAAACAGGCACUUAUUAAAGGCACUACUUACCAGUCCAUGGACAAUGCAAGAGCAUCACGGGCCAGUUUAAGAGCGAGGUCCCGGGCCGGCUCGGUAAUUAGUGAGUCAUCUUUUCGGAGACCUUCGGUGAUGUUAGAAGUUCCUAAAACUGCACGUUCUCCGUCUCCUGUGUAGACCUGGAGGAGAAAGGAAUGCGUUGUAUUAUACUUUCACUUCGGGCAAUUAAUGAGUGGACUAAGACUCAGUAAUGUACACUGAAAUAUCACGAAUCACUUUGCUGUGAAUAUAAACAGUGUAUUAGCAUGCCCUUAUCACACAAGCGCACAAGGCAACAUGUCAUAGAAAAAGCAAAACACAGAACCCCUGGGAUACCAUCUAAUUUGUAAUUUCUUUUGCUGAUUUAUAAUUAUUUACGUAUGUAAAAGGUGAGAUGUCAUAGUUUUAUAGAGGGGACUCGGCGGGUAGUUCACUUUUUCACUUUUUUUAAGCAGGAGUUAAAUAGUCGUGUAGAUAGUAACAAACAUUUAAGUACCGUGUUCAUGUCUGAGUAAUUAUCUCAUCUCUCGUCUCCUUUUUAUGCAUUUUAAAGUAUCACAGUCGGAAAGAAAGACGUAUAUCAGACACUCAACUUUGCGUGAACUGUCUGUGCGCUUUUUGACUCAGAUUUUGCCGUUAGGUUGAGGUAUUAAGAGGUCUCAGGUUAAUUUAUCCAUUGAUAUCAGCACAUAAUUAGGUUUGCAUCUGAAUGAAAGCUGGAAUUUUGACCUCUGGAAUUCCGGCCUCUGAACCACUUUCGGUUAAUGACCAUGAAAGUUGCGAUCUCAAGUUGCGACUGUGUGCUUGACAGUUUCAAGAAUACUCGGCCGCUUGAAAUAACAUUACUUCCCAUGUUUUUUCCAACGAACCAACGAAACGCUGUAUAAACCAAAUUCGCCUGCCAAAAACCAUAAUUUCCAUUUUGUUGCCUUUGCCGGCAGAUGAUUUCCCUGCUUCGAAAUACGACUACUGCUACUGUGAUUCGUUUCUAAAAGAUGAAAAUGCGGUUUUAAUCGAUUUUAUUUCAUGUUUAGUGCGUCAACAACUUUUAUUCUUAGUCACUUCGGGCCAGGAUUUUAGCUGUGGCCAUGUCAG